AUGAAUUUUUUGAAUGAAAAAGAAAAAAAAAGACUUCAUAAAGAAGAAAUAGAUUUUGUUUUUAAUAAAGAAAAUUCUAAUUCUGAAGACGUUAAUAGCUAUUUAUUUAAUAAUAAGAAUGAAAGUUCUAAUAUAGAUAUGUAUGAUUUUAAUUUAAAUAAAAAUAUAAAAGAAGGAAAUGACAUUUCCUUACUAAAAGAUGAUGAAAAAUCAAUAAAUAAUAUCAAUGUUAUUACAUACAAAUCAAGCACAGAAUAUGAGAAAGAAUGUAUUAAUAAUAUAAAUUCAAAAGAUGAUAACAUUUUUUUUUUAAAAUUAGAAGGAAAUUGCUUAGAUGACUUAAGAAUUACUGAAGAAAAUUGUGAUAAAUUAUCUAAUGAGAACAAUAUCUUACAAGAUAAUAAAAAUGAAAAAAAAAAUAUUAAAAUAAAAAAUAUAAAGGAGAAUAACAACGAAGAAAAUAUUAAUAAUAGUAAUUGUGAUAUUACUAAUAAUAAAUGUAAGAAUGAUAAUAUAAACGAUAACAGUGAUGAUAAAUGGAUUAAUAGUAAUAAUAAUGAUAUUGAAAAUAUAAAUAAUAAUAGAAAAAGUAAUAAUAGCGAUGAUAUUAAUAAUAAUAAUAGAGAUAAUAAUAAUAAUAAUUAUGGUGAUGAUGAUAAUAAUAAUAAUAAUAAUAGAAAUGAUAAUACUACUAAUAAUGAUAAGAUUAACAACGGUAAAAAUAAUGACAUUUAUAGUGAUAGCAAUAAUGAUGUUAACAAUAAUAACAAUGAAAGUUUAAUAGAUAUCUCAAAUAAUGAAAACAUUAUUCAAGAAAUGAAUGGAUGUCAUGAUCAUUAUGACUUAAAUUAUAUGAGUAUAUAUGACAGUGAAAUAGAUAAUAGAAUUAAAAGGAAAGUAAAUUCUUUAAAACAAAAUGAAGAGAUAAAAAAGAAAAAAAAAUAUAAUACAGAUAAUAUAUCAUCUCUUAUGCCAACUAACACAUUGGAUACAGAACUGUAUUUAAAAGAAAAAUAUAAUUAUAGCAGUAAUGCACAUGAAAAAAAAAAUGAUGAAACUCAUGAAAAGGCGAAUAUUGAGAUUAAAGAUGAUAAUAUUAUAUAUGCAGAUGAGGUUUUAAAAAAAUAUCCGCGAAUAUUUGCAACUAGAUUACCUUUUGAGGCAACUAAAAAAGAUUUAGAAAAACAUUUUUCCAAAUAUGGAAAAAUAAUAGACAUAUAUGUUUCAAAAAAUUUAUCAAACAACAAAAAUAAAGGAUUUGGUUUUGUUUCCUUUGAAACACAAGAAUCAAUGGAUAAAGCGCUUCAGGAUAAAUUACACAUAAUUUGCGGAAAAGAAAUUGUCGUAGAUGUUGCUUCUAUGAGAGAUAAUAAAUCUAGUCAUCUUUUUCCUUUACCAUCUGAUCAUUAUUUAGUUAAAAAUCAGAAAAAUAAGAAAAACUUCCCAAGCAAAACUCUCAACAAUAACAUAAAUUUAAAUAAAUUUAAUUCAUAUAAUAAAUCUAAUAAUAUAAGAAUUAAAUCAAAAAAUACUGAUAAUUAUUUAAUGCUACAGAAUUUUAAUAAUUUAAAUCCCAAUUAUAAUAUGCUGACUUUAUCAAAUUUUAAAAUAAAAACUUCAAAAAAAAUAUAUAUGCCUCCUGUUUCAUAUAAUAUAAAUCCUAAAUACGCUUAUUCUUCUUAUCCAUAUUGUUCACAAAAUAUAGAAAAUAAUUAUUAUUACAACUUUUUAAAUUAUAAAAAUUCAAACAAUAUAUUAUCAUACAAUGAAAAUAUGUAUAAUUCAAAAAAAAUACCAUUUCCUUGUUAUGUCUAUGAUAAACAUUAUUUGAAUCAAAAUAUAAUUACUAAAAAUAUAUUGUCACAAAGGAGUAGUGUAGCUGAAGAAAAUAAUUUAAAAAGUCCCUCAAAUUUGCUUUCGUACGUGAAGUAUAACACUAAUUCAUCAUAUGUUCGUAAACUACCAGGUGGUGAUGAGUGGAAUAAGAGGGGAUAUAAAUUAUUUGUUACUAAAUUAAAUAGUGUAACAACUAUUGAUACUUUAAGAAAUUACUUCGAAAAAUUUGGGGAGAUUAUAGAUAUAUAUAUGCCUAAUGAUGUAUGUACUAAUAGACCACGUGGGAUAGCUUUUGUUACGUUUUUAGAUAGUGAUUGCGUUAAGAAAAUUUUAUCAAACAAAAAUUUAAAACACAUUAUUGAUGGAAAAGAAGUAGUUGUUGAUUUAGCAGAUCCCGAAACUAAAAACAAAAAGAAUUUUAAUUAUUCAUAA